AUGUUCCGCCUUCAACAUCUGAUCAAGCGUGACUUGAAGAAGCUCGCCGAGAACAUCACAGAAGAACAAGGGAAGACGUUGCCCGAUGCCGAGGGAGACGUUAGCAGAGGUCUUCAGAUAGUUGAACAUGCUUGCUCAGUACCAUCACUGAUGCUCGGAGAGACUCUUCCGGGUGUGUCCCGUGACAUGGACGUUAUCUCAUAUCGCUAUCCCUUGGGAGUCACUGCCGGUAUCUGUCCAUUCAACUUCCCGGUGAUGGUCCCAUUAUGGAUGUUCCCCCUCGCACUUGCCACCGGAAACACCAUGGUAAUCAAGCCAUCAGAACAAGAUCCUGGAGCUUGCUUGAUGCUCGCCGAACUCGCCAAGGAAGCUGGAAUUCCUGAUGGAUGCCUCAACAUUAUUCAUGGUCAGCACGACACCGUGAACUUUAUCUGUGAUCAUCCCGACAUCAAAGCAAUCUCAUUCGUCGGAGGCGACAACGCGUUGACAGCCGCUGCAUUUGGAGCUGCAGGACAACGUUGUAUGGCCCUCUCGACGGCGAUCCUUGUCGGCGAGGCCCGUUCUUGGUUACCUGAACUAGUGAAUAGGGCCAAGCAGCUUCAUGUAAAUGCAGGAUGGAAGCCAGAAACUGACGUCGGUCCAUUAAUAUCAAAGGCAGCAAAGCAGCGCGCCGUCAACAUCAUAAAAGGAGCGAAGAAGGAAGGCGCUAAUGUACUACUCGACGGAAGCGACAUCGUUGUCCCAGGGUUCGAGAGCGGCAACUUCGUGGGACCCACGAUUAUCGCAGGAGUCAAACCAAACAUGACUUGCUACAAGGAAGAGAUUUUCGCGCCGGUUCUAGUUGUCAUGGAAGCAGAAACCUUGAAUGAUGCCAUUGAAAUCAUUAACAAAAACCCCUAUGGAAAUGGAACCGCCAUAUUCACAAUGAACGGCGCUACUGCUAGAAAAUUCACGAACGAAGUAGACUGCGGCCAAAUCGGUAUUAACGUGCCAAUCCCUGUCCCUCUACCCAUGUUCUCAUUCACCGGGUCACGUGGUUCGUUCAGAGGAGACUUGAACUUCUACGGAAAAGCUGGAGUUCAAUUCUACACACAAUGGAAGACCAUCACUCAACACUGGGGCGAGAAUCUAGCAGAUAUGAAGCGUCAAAUGUCUUUCCCUCAGCACAAGUAG